AGCGGCAUCAGAUCCGCCGUGAGUGUAGAUGGGUGUGUGAGAGUGUCCUAAACACUCAACCACACACAUACACAAACACACAUACACAGACACACACCGCUCAAAAUAACCCGGGGAGACGAUAAAGCUUAUACACGACAGCCUCUCCGCCGGGAGAGGAGGAGCAGGAGGGUUUUGGGUCCUGAACGGCGCGUUGUGCGGGGGGCCAUGGCGCGGGACUAUGAUUACCUCUUCAAGCUGCUCAUCAUCGGGGACAGCGGUGUUGGCAAAAGCAGUUUACUCCUGAGAUUCGCUGAUAACACAUUUUCGGGCAGCUACAUCACCACGAUCGGCGUGGACUUCAAGAUUCGCACGGUGGAGAUCAACGGGGAGAAAGUCAAGUUGCAGAUCUGGGAUACGGCCGGACAGGAGAGAUUCAGGACCAUCACCUCCACGUACUACAGAGGCACACACGGCGUUAUAGUGGUUUAUGACGUCAGCAGCGCGGAGUCGUUCGUGAACGUCAAACGUUGGCUGCACGAAAUCAAUCAAAACUGUGACGACGUUUGUCGAAUAUUAGUGGGUAAUAAGAAUGACGACCCCGCCUCUAAAGUGGUGGAGACCAAUGACGCGCAGAAGUUUGCUGAGCAGAUGGGCAUCCGACUGUUCGAGACCAGCGCCAAGGAGAACGUCAACGUGGAGGAUAUGUUCAACUGCGUCACUGAGCUCGUCCUGAAGACCCGGAAGGAGACGGUGGCCAAACAGCAGCAGCAACAGCAGAGCGAAGUUGUCAAACUGAGUAAGAGCAGCAAACGCAAGAAGAAAUGCUGCUAAUGGACUGGACACACACACACACACGCGCGCACGCACACACACUUACUGACAGAGAACUUAACAUACUUCAACCACCCCGUCAGAGACUAGCAAUGAGAGAUAUAUCUAGAGAUUUAACCGUUUGGACUUCGGGAGGCAAACACACUCCGAUGUUUUAGCAGGAGAAUUUUAAAAUGGAGAAUGAAAUGUUUUCUUCAUCGUGGGAUCAAACCAAUGAGGCUUGAUGUGGCCGGAGAACAUCACGUGUUAUCCACGGCCACUUUAUGGACCAAACAUGUGCGGAUCUGCCAAGAGACACUCGUUUUGCCUUUUGCUUUCUCUUUUGUCUUUCAUUUUUGUAAAAUUGUAUUUUUUUACUAACGAAUCGUACAAUCAAACACACAGUAGCGUUUAGGGAAGCUCAUUGGAAGCUCGUUUUCGCCACAAAAUUAUAAAUAAUAAUAAUAAUAAUGGUGAUUACAACUUUGACAGUCUAUGAAAAGUCAGAAUUGCGAGUUCAUAAUAAAUGACUGAAUUAUCUAUAAAAAAAAGCUGUAAUAUAAAUUAUCUGUCAAAAAAAAA